AUGGUUGGGAAGUGGUCUGAAUGUACUGUAUCUUGUGACGGUGGACAUCAAUCCAGAACAGUGUACUGUGUCGAAAGCUCUAACGAUACCAAUGGAAUAUUGCUGGAGAACAGAAAAGUUAACGAGCAGUACUGCUGGCAAACUCAACGACCAGUGAGCUACUUUGUUAAUCUGAAACAGUGGCUUCGGUUGAAUGCGGUGAUGCAACCUGAUGGUUUAGUGAGUAAAUUCGGAUAA